AUGCAGCCUAACCACCUUUCAAAUUGUUCACUGGAAAAUAAGUUGGAAAACCUUAAUGUAUGUGGUGACUCUCUGGGAUUUAGUAACAACUUAUCUUCACAACACAAGUCGAGAGAUAAAACUGGAUACCCACCAGAUACACCUCAGAGAUAUGUAAACGACAUGCAGACAGCAAGACACAACUUUCGAGAGAUGGCUUAUGACUCUGAAAGAGGUUCCUUAAGUCCAAAAACCGCUGAAAACAACUGCUACAGAGCAAGUCCUAGCCCUAUGAUUAUGAGUGGACCAAGUACAAUAUUUAGUCCUGUUGGUGGACCAUCAAAUUCAUUUGAAAAGAUUCGACAAGAUCUUCUUCGUUCAGGUCAUUUAUUUUGUGAUUCCGCUUUUCCAGCUGAUGAUUCAAGUCUUUAUUAUAGUCAACGACCACCAUGUCCUAUUGUAUGGAUGCGUCCAAGUGAAAUAGUUGCUGCAAAUAGUGGAGGCGGUUCUAUGGGUAUAACACCAAGAAAAAUUAUAUCACCAGAAUUUAUUGGUGAAGGUGGAAUUAAACUUAGUGAACUACGACAAGGGGAAUUAGGAGACUGUUGGGUUGUUGCUGCAUUGGCUGCUAUAGCUAGUCAACCAAGUCUACUUAGUCGUACUAUUCCUACUGGACAAUCAUUUAGAGUAGAAUGGUAUGCUGGUAUAUUUGCUUUUCGUUUUUGGCGUUUUGGACGUUGGGAAGAAGUGUAUAUUGAUGAUCGUUUACCAGUUAGACCUGGUGGUCAACCAUUAUUUGUACAUUCUGGACGUUUAACUGAAUUUUGGCCAACAUUAUUAGAAAAAGCUUAUGCAAAACUAAAUGGAUCUUAUGAAGCAUUAAAUGUUGGACUUGUCGGUGAUGCAAUGGAUGAUCUUACCGGUGGUUUAACAGAAUCGUAUACACUACCAAAUGCAGAAGAUCAAGGACUUCAACCUCCAUCAGAUUUAGAUGAUAUCUUAAUUAAGUCUUUUGAUCGGCGAAGUUUAAUUACAGCUCGUAUAAAGACUAAAGGUGUACCUGGUCCAGGUUUUGUGAUACCAGUAGGUUUUGUACCGGGUCAAGCAUUUGGUUUAACAGACUGUAGAAAACUUCGGCUUACAGAUGCUUCAGGAAGUCGUUUAAUACGUUUAGUUCGUUUAAGAAAUUUAUGGCCUUCAGUACGUGUUGAUUGGACAGGUGCAUGGUCAGAAGGUUCAACAGAAUGGCUUAGUCUUCCACCACAAGAUCGUUUAAAAGUUGGCUUAGUAAAAUCUCAAGAAGAAUUUUGGAUGUCUCUAGAAGAUUUUAUUGCCAAUUUCGAUUAUCUGGAUAUCUGUCAUCUUACAGAACCACCUCCAAUCACCUCUAAAUCAUCUAUUACUUAUCAUUCUUCACAUCAAUUUCUAUCAAUACAUUUACGUGGUCGAUGGCUUCGUGGUGUAUCAUGUGGUGGUCGACCAUAUAUUCGUUCAAGUCAUUGGGCAAAUCCACAAUUUCGAUUAGUUAUCAAUUCAUCUGAUCCCAAUGAUUCUGAUGGAUUUGCUACUAUUGUAAUUGCUCUUAUGCAAGCUGAUCGUCGUCGAUUACGUCAUCGUGCUCCACGAUUAGCAUCUAUAGGAUUUGUUUUAUAUCGGCUUCCAUCUGGUGCUAAUCCUCCAAUAGAAGUUGUUAAACGGCUAAAAUUAACACCAGGUCACUAUCUUCUUGUACCAUGUACUUAUGCAGCUGAUCAACCAGGUGAAUUUCUAUUACGCUUAUUAUUUGAUCAUUCGGAUAGGAUUUGUGAAUCUACGCUUGAACGAGUAGAACUUAGCGGUUUAGCUGCGACUGGACCAGAACCUGAUCCUAACUAUGAAUUAUUUCAACCACGACUUAGACGUUUAUUUUAUGAAGCUUCGGGUGAAUCAAUGGCUGUUGAUGCAUUCCAAUUGGAACCGAUACUUAACUGCCUUCUACGGGAUGAUCAUCGAGCCCCAUAUAAUAUGGUGAGUACAGAUGCUUGUCGAUCUCUCGUAGCUCUUCUUGAUCGUGAUGGAACAGGAAGAUUAUGUGAAUCAGAUUUUCGACGUGUAUGGGAUAUUCUACGUUCAUGGUCACGUUUGUUUGCAAGUUUUGAUCCACAAAGAACAGCUCAUAUCACAAGUUUAGACUUUCGAAUCAUUGUUGAACAAGCAGGUUAUACUCUUCCACAUACACUGUUCUCAAAGCUUGUACAUCGAUUUGUUAACGUGGAUUGGCGCUUGGAUUAUCCACAUUUUAUUAGUGCUAUGGCUCUUAUUACGAAAGCAGUUGCUAUCUUCAAAAACUAUGAUCAUGGUGGACGAGCUAUACUACCUUUGGAACAAUUUGUUGAAAUUGCAUUAACAAUGUAA